AUGUUCCGGAUAACGUCGCUGAUUUCCGGCACGUCGAGCAUCCCGACGGAGAAAGUGCCCGACGUGAGCACCUUCCUACAAAAAAUUGGCCGUGGUGUGUCCGAAUACACAGAGACCUUCGAGAACGACUGGCAGAAAUUUUGGGAACUGGGCUCUUCGGGGAUGAAAGAACAGGGACUGGAGCCUCGUGCCAGAAAAUAUAUUCUAGAUUGGCAGGAAAGAUACAGAAAGGGUGCUGAGCUGCACGAGAUCCCGAGGGGCGAGAAACUUCACGGAGGAGAGCGCAAAAGAAGAAUAUACCUUGCCGAGAAAAGGCUCAAGGAGGCCAGGGAACUUGCGCAGCUGAAGAGGAGGUUCAAGAUCCAGAGCAAUCAGGAGAAGAGGAAGAGAGAGAGGUUUGAGAGAUUGCACCAGAUGAAUAUGUAA